UCGCAUUCCCCUCCAUUUGGCCGCGUGUGCACUGGAACAACAUGUCUAAGGCAUCCAAGAACGAUGAAAGCGUCCGGGUGAUGGUGCGCAUUCGCCCGAUGAGUACCAAGGAGAAGCAAGACGGUCGACAGGCAGUGACGGUCGCGAGUUUCGAGCGGGCAGAGGUCACCAUCACCAACCCAACUGGUGCUUCGUCCGAACCGCCGAAAGCGUUCACGUUCGACGCAGCGUUUGGAUCGCAAUCGACACAGCAGCAAGUGUACGACACGGCCGCCACAGCGAUUGUAGAAGCCGUCAUGGACGGGUACAACGGCACGAUCUUCGCUUACGGCCAGACGGGUGCCGGCAAGUCGCAUACGAUGGAAGGUUAUCCAGAUCCUCCUGACCAGCGCGGGAUCAUUCCAAACUCUUUCAAGCACAUUUUUGACAAGGUUGCAAUCACGAAAAAGAAACAAGUCCUCGUUCGCGCGUCCUACUUGGAAAUUUACAACGAAGAGAUCCGCGAUCUCCUGUCCAAGGAUCCGAAGGCGAGCCUGGACUUGAAGGAGAAUGUCGACUCGGGUGUGUACGUGAAGAACUUGACAGCGCAGGUCGUCAAGGACGCCGCCGAAAUUGACGCUGUUAUGCAGCAGGGCAAGAAGAAUCGCAGCGUCGGUGCAACCAUGAUGAACCAGACGUCGUCACGGUCCCAUUCGCUCUUCACAAUCGUCGUUGAGUGCUUGUCGGAAGGAAUCGACGGCAAAGACCAUGUGUGCGUCGGGAAACUCAACUUGGUUGAUUUGGCCGGGAGUGAGCGGCAGAGCAAGACCGGCGCGACUGGAGACCGUCUUCAGGAAGCAAACAAGAUCAACUUGUCAUUGUCGGCGCUUGGGAAUGUAAUUUCUGCGCUAGUGGACGGCAAAUCCAAACACAUCCCGUACCGCGACUCAAAGCUCACCCGUCUGCUGCAAGACUCUCUCGGGGGCAACACCAAGACGGUCAUGAUUGCCAACUGCGGACCCGCCGACUACAAUUAUGAAGAAACCCUCACAACGCUGCGGUAUGCAAGCCGCGCCAAGCAAAUAAAAAAUAAACCUAAGAUCAACGAAGACCCGAAGGACGCAAUGAUCCGAGAGUUUCAGGAAGAGAUUGACGCGCUCAAGGCGAAACUCGCGGCGUUUUCGAACGGUGGCGGAGUUAGUAGCGUCGGGGGAGACGGUGGCCCUGGGUUAAUGCAACUGGAGCAACCUGAAGCCAAAGUUGAAGUAGUCGAGAAGGUCGUUGAGAAGGUGAUUGUCGAGAAAGGCAUCAGCGAAGAAGAGGCGAAAAGGAUCGCGGAAAAGGCCAAGCAAGAGAUUGGCGCCGCACGAAAACAGGCAGCAGAAGAGCUGAGUGCCGCCGCCAAGGACAACGCGCUGGCCGAGCACAACAAGCGCGAGAUGGAACUCAAACUCGAAAUGGAGCAAAAGCAGCAGGAGGAGAUGGAAAAACAGCAACGCGCACUACUCCUCAAACUUCAGUCGAUGGAAGCUAAGCUUCUCGUGGGUGGCGAAAUCAUGAACAAGGCUGCCGAGCAAGAGGACGAACUGCGCAAGACCAAGCUCGAACUGGAAGAGCGAAAGAGGCAAGAGCUCAAGCUGGCGCGCGAGCUCGCCGAACGCGAAGAGGCCAACUUGAUGAAGGAGGAAAAGUACCAAUCCUUGCAAGAAGAAGCAGAGGCAAAAACGAAGAAGCUCAAGAAGGUAUUCGGUAAAGUUAAAGAAGUCCUGGCCGAGAUUAAGCAAAUGGAGAAAGCGCAUGGACGGGAGCGAGAAGACUUGCUCGAUACGAUUCGAGAGCUCACGGCACAGUUCAAGCUCAAGACGCUCGUUCUUGAAUACUUUAUGCCACGUGAAGCAGCCACUAUCCUCGAAAACGCAGCGCAUUGGGACGACGACGACGAUAACUACCGCUUGGAUCAUUUGGAAUUGUCCGGAAAUGCGCUUCGUCCUCGGCAACGUCCCGCUUCAGCGAGCGGCCUCCGACGGCCCGAAACUGCAUCCGAGAAAUCCCGCAAGAAGUACGUUUCGACGGAAGAUGACCAAGGCCCAGAGGUCGAAGUUCACAUCGAGCGCAACCAAUACUUGGUGUACACUUCGGACGAAGAAGGCGAGGGGUAUGCCUUGGCCGAAGACCGGAUCGUGAACCCGCCUGUGGCGACGAAAGAGCGACCAAAAACGUCCAAGAAGUCGUCAAAGAAGACGAAAGAGGGCAACUCGUCGUCGACGAGCAGCACCAGCGGAAGCAGUACCAAGCGACCAGAAACAGCCAAGAAGCGCGAGAAGCGCGAAAAGGCCCAGUAAAGUCUCAGCCCCACGCACGAGAACCCCCUCAGCACAACCUAUCCCUUUUUCAUGUACCUCCACCAUAGUUUUUCGAUCGAGCGUGUUUGUUAGCUGACAGCACAAUGAGCCCAUUGAGGAGAUCGUUGCUGUAACCCCUCGAUGAAAUUCAUGCUUCAACCAUUUUCAC